GCCAAACGUACAGCGCAGCGACCAACAUGACCGCGAUGGUCGCCGCGGCGGCCAAGAACGACGUGCCAGCACUCCAUGCGGCGCUCGCUGCAUACGACUCGCCUGGCGAUGAUGUGGCGGCGGCUCUCUUUGUUUCUGUUUCUUCGAACGCGAUCGAUUCGCUUCAAGUUCUGAUCGAGCACGGUGCCGACAUCAACGUCCCGACGGAGGGCAUGUCACCACUGAUGCUCGCGAUUUCGACGGGCAAUGUUCCGAUCGUCAAAACCCUCGUCGACGCCGGCGCCGACAUCGAAUUUCGCUCCAAGGAUGACCACUCCCCGCUGCUUUACGCAGUGUUCCACGGCCAGGCGGAGAUUUGCCGGCUCCUGCUUGACCGCGGCGUUCAAGUCAACCACGCGACAUCUGACGUGACUGCGCUGAUGGUGGCAGCAAUGAAAGGCUUCGUCGACAUCAUCCCGAUGCUGAUCUCAGCGGGUGCUCUUGUGGAGGCCGCGACCUCGACAGGAAAGACUGCGCUCAUGUCCGCGGCAGCUGAAGAUCAAGUGAGUGCAGUCGAGUCCCUCGCGGACGCAGGCGCCGUUGUCGACGCAGUAGACCAGAACCACCAAACGGCGUUGGCGGCUGCCGCAGCCCGAGGCAGUGCGGGCAUGGUGCAAUGCCUCCUGCGGCGCGGUGCGCAGCUUGACGUCCAAGAUGAGAAUGGUCGAACGGGGCUGUUGCUGGCAGCCAUGAAUGGCCACGAGGCCGUGGUGAAGCUGCUCGUCCAAGGUGGAGCUCAACUGGAAAGCCGUGACAAGGACGACGACACAGCCGUGGCCAAGGCACGGCGCAAUGCCCACCACCAAGUCGUCCAGGUGUUGUUGGAUGCUGGGGCCGUGGAUUGCAAGAGCAACCUGGUAGGUCUACCGCUGUGACCUGUUGCACAAUCCAUGCACGCGCGUAGCGGACGCCCUCUGUCAAGGGAGCUCUCGCCGCGAUAACGUCGGGGUCGCGGUCCAUUUUCGCGCGCUUCCCCACCCGAAAAGAGGCCCACGCGGCGGACUCGGCCGCAGAUCCCUGACGUUCCCGUCCACGCGGCGAGCAGUUAAUGCAUCUCAAUGGACCAGCGCCUGGAUGUGUGAGGUGAAAGAGCUAUCUGCCGCGAUGGCAACGACGUUUCCAACGCGUACUUUGCACGGCUAAAGACAUGCACGUUAUCGUACAUUGACGCCUGUCGCGCUCUCAAACGACGCGCUACAAAGCAGUGGCCAGGACGGCUUGGAGCUGGUGCAGCACCUGCAGCUGCUGGUCGCGGGGCAAUUGCACGACUUGCUGUACGAUGGCGUCGGCGGUGGUAGAGUACGACCAAAUAAAGGUCGUGCAGUACACCGUCGUGAAGAGCGCCGUGAUGAACUGGCAGUCCAUGCGGUCCAUGAACCCGCCAUGGCCAGGAAUGACGGAAUCAAAAUCCUACCGCCCAUCACCAUCCCGGAACAACAUGCAACGAACCAACCUUGAGCUUGUACGCGCGCUUGAUUGCCGACGCGUAAAACCCGCCGAACGGCGAUAUCACCGACGUAAAGCACGCAAAUACGAGCGAAUGCACCUUUCAAAACAGCGAUCACAUGUCCCCAUCCCAUGCGGACGACGCGCACCUGAAUCGGGUACAACUGCACGCGAGGUAUCGAGACCACCGCCGCCACUGGAGCUGGCAGUGCAUACCAUGCCUUGAUGAAGACCGGGUGGGGCGUGCACGUCAGCGGCGGUGGCAUCAGCUGCAUGUCAUACUAGUACCCACGACGGAGAGCAUGGGACGCACCUCGAUCGACUCCAACGGGCACGUCAUCCAAGUCGACUGCGCCAAGAGCGCACUGCUCCAGAAACCAAACGCCACCGUGCACACGAACGCGCCGAGGAACCCUUCCCACGUCUUGUUUGGACUGAGCUUGAGGAACGCCGCCUUGAUGAAGCGCUUGCCAAACAAUUUGCCGCAAAAGUACGCAAAGCAGUCGUUGCACACCACGAGCGACGCGGGAAAGAAGAGCCACACGAGGCCUUUGAAGAUAUUGUCCAAGAUGGAGCGCAUCUGGAACACAAUCAAGCACAGCGUCACGAUGGUCCACGUCAGCUGGCCCAUCUGGUACUUGUAAUACCCUAUGAAAGACGCAUGAACGAUGGGACGUUAUGGCGAG